GACAAAGCGGCAACCAACGGACACGACAGUGACGAAAGACUCUCUCUCCUAAACCCAAAAAAUUAAACAAAUGAAGCAAAUUCAGCUCUGCCGUCCCAGCACCAAUCCUUUUAUAAUCACCUUCUGCUAUGCUUAUUAUUCCUCACUCUCACUCAUUAAUUACUCUUUAAUUACCUUUAAUCGUCAAAAAUCUCCCAAAUGGCUUCUUCCUUUUCAAUCAACUCCAUAAAUCCUAAUACCAAAUACCUCAGCCACCUUAGAAACUACUCUUUUCCGGCCUCUGUGUUAAGAAGAACUAUAAAUUUCCCCGUAAAAAAGAGUUGUAAUUUGAGCUGUAAAAGGAGAAGUUGCAGAGUUGGGAUAGUUAGGGCAUCAUCUUCUACUGAAGUAGUUGAUGAUCGUGGGAGUGCUGACGUGGAGAGGGCCCACAAUGGGAAGGUUCUGAGAGUGGGCCUUAUUUGUGGUGGCCCAUCUGCUGAGCGUGGAAUUUCUUUGAACUCUGCUCGAUCAGUUCUCGAUCAUAUUCAGGGGGGCGAUUUGGAUGUUAGCUGCUAUUACAUUGAUAGCAACCUCAAUGCCUAUGCUAUAUCCACUGCGCAGGUAUACUCAAACACUCCUGCAGACUUUGAUUUCAAACUUGAGAGCCUUGCCCAAGGCUUCCGGUCAUUAUCUGACUUUACAGAACACCUUGCUUCUUCUGUGGACAUAGUUUUUCCUGUUAUACAUGGUCGUUUUGGUGAAGAUGGUGGCGUUCAGGAGCUAUUGGAACGAUCAAAUAUUCCAUUUGUUGGAACAGGGUCCACCCAUUGUCAAAAAGCAUUUGAUAAAUAUGAUGCAUCGUUGGAGCUUGACAGACAAGGUUUCGUGACUGUACCUAAUUUUCUCAUACAGGUGUGAUCUGUGUUUAUUUGUGUUUCAUCAAGGUCUUUUAGUUCUGCUUUUGACCUUCUGUAUCAUGUGCUUUC